UCCCUCAAAAAGAAUACGAGGAAAAGAAGCAAUUUGUGGCUGAUGAAAUCAUAAGAAGAUUAGAGAAGAAGCUAUUUCCAGGACUCAAAUCUUCCAUUGCCUUUAUGGAGGUGGGGACACCCAAAACGCACCGGAGAUACUUGGCACGUGAUGAAGGAACUUAUGGACCAAUGCCACGUUACGUUCCUAAAGGCUUGUUGGGAAUGCCUUUUAAUGCAACAGGCAUAGAUAGCCUUGACUGUGUGGGAGACAACUGCUUUCCAGGACAAAGUGUCAUUGCAGUAGCCUUUUCUAGCGUGAUUGGCGCUCAUCGAGUAGCUGCUGAUAUUGGUAAGCUGGAAUGAGAUUAUGGAAGAUAAGUUUAUUCAUCUAUAAAAGAAUGUUAUAAACGUCUGUAGACCUGGAGAAUCUUGUGCCUAUCUAUACGCAGCAUUAUUGGUGU